AUGGAGGAGGAGAGCCCGGUAAGUGCCACCCGCUGUGCCCCCGGUGCUGAACCGGGCACGGACACCCCCACGGACACCCCCACGGGCACCCCCACGGCCCGGGCCCCGCGCGAGGAGGAGGAGGAGGAGGAGGAGGAGGAAGAGAAUGAUGAGGACGUGGCCGGUGACACCGAGGACAUCCCGCUGCUGGCAGGGGCGGCCCCGCGACAGCAGCGCCCCGCCAGUGAGGAUGAGGAAGGCUGGGAGGCCACCCCCUCUGUCGCCACUGUCGCCGCUGCCAGCGCGGACGCCCCCGCCGUGGCCGCCGCCCGCCCCGGGCUGGCACCGAGCGCUGCAGGUGAGGCACGGCACGGCCCGGCCCGGGGGGCACGGAACCUGGGCCAGCGGGACGAGGAGCUGGGCACGGCCGCGGCCGCGCUGCGGGCGCUGCGGGGCGAGCGGGAGCGCCUGCAGGGCAAGGUGCGGGACCUGCGGGAGGCUCUGGCCAGGCUGGAGGAGCUGGGAGGGUCUGGCAGUGACGUCCUCGGGGUCGGUGACACGCCCGGGACUGGCGACACCUCCGGGACCGGUGACACUCCCGGGGCUGGUGACAUCCCCGGGGUCGGUGAUACUCCCGGGGUCGGUGACACCCCCGGGCCCAGCAGCCCCCCGGGGCACCGGCCCCGCGCGCCGCUGUCCCCACAGCCCUCGGCAGAUCCCGGCCGGGAGCAGGAGGAGCGGCUGCAGCAGCUGCAGGGGGUGCUGGCGCGGCUGCAGGAGGCGAACCGGGAGCUGCUGGCGGCGCUGGGAGAGUGCAAGGGCGAGGCGGAGCGGCUGAGCCUGGAGCUGGGCUGGAGAGAGGCGCGCUGCAGCGGGCUGAGGCUGGCACUGCGCUGCAGCGAGCACUGCGGGGGGGCCUACGCCGCCCUCCUGGACCUGGUGCGGGCAAGGAUGGCACCGGAGGGUGGCACCCGUGGCGGGAGCUUGUGGGGCAUUCCAGUGCCACCCACAUCCCCUUGCGGGCACCCCCGGGCAGCGGCACUGCCCGCACCGUGCCCGGGAACCGCGGCGGAACCGAGCCCGGGCCGCGAACCGGGACCCGGCCCCGCCACACCGGAGCCCCCGGAGCCAGCGGAGCCGGACAGCCGUGAGGACCCCGCGGACAGCCCCCGGGGGAUGGAGGAGGGAGCGCUGCGGGAACGCAUCCGGCGGCUCCGCGCCGAGCAGGCGGCGGUGGAGGGGUCCCUGCUGGACGCCCCCGAGCCCGCGGAGCCCCCCCGGGAGCGCGACCCCCGGGGCCGGGCGGAGCGGGCGCUGCGGGAGGCGCGGGCGCUGCUGCCCGGCUGGAGGCGGCCGGACAAGGAGGAGCUGCUGCAAGAGCUGGCGGUGCUCAAGGAGGCGCUGGCGGAGCUGCGGACGCGGCUGCAGCUGGCGCAGAAGGAGAAGCGGGCGCUGGAGCUGCUGCUGGCCGCGCACGGGCCCCGCGAGGCCGCGCUGCGCCUGCUGCUGCGGGAGCGGCACCGGGAGCGGCACCGGGAGCGGCACCGGGAGCGGGAACCGGGGCGGGAACCGGAGCGGGAACCGGAGCGAGACCGGGACGGAGCCUCCGGCAGCAGCUCCGGCAGCAGCUCCAGCAGCAGCUCCGAGGAGGAGGCGCGGAUGGGCCGGGGGGCGGCGAUGGCCCCGGGGAACCCCCCGGACCCCCGGAGGACGAGGGAGGAGCUGCUGCGGAUCCGGGAGCGCACGGAGCAGCUGCGUGGCCGUGCCCGGGAGCUGGCGCUGGCCCUGGAGCGGGGCAGCGCUGCCAGCCGUGCCCAGCAGGGACACAGCGCCAGCGUCACCCUGGAGCUGCUCCAGGCGCACAGCUCGCUGGCUCUGGCGUACCGCGGGGCGCGGCGCAAGCAGGCGGAGCAGCUGCGGAGGCUCCGGGCGCGGGCGGCGGCGCUGCGGGGCCAGCACGGCCGCAGGGAGCGAGCCCUGGCCCGGACACUGCGGGAGCUGCAGCGCGGGGCGGAGACCUGCAUCUAGGGACACGGGAAUGCAGGGGACACGGGAAUGCAGGGGACAUCUGGGAAUGCAGGGGACAUCUGGGAAUCCAUGGGGACACGGGAAUGGAUGGGGACACGGGAAUGCACGGGGACACGGGAA